UUCAAUCCAGCCACGAGUUUGGGUUUUUGUUUUAACUCUGCCAGAGCUUUUUCGGUACGGAAGCCAUUCCUUCACCUUUGCUGUAUAGUUUGGGGUUAAAAAGAAUUAUUAAGCAUAGAAAAACAGAAGCGCAGCUGGAUAUAACUUCUUUACACAACUUUUGAUUGUUUUACCAUUUUGUUGAGGGAGAUUUUCCGGUCUGUAUUUUUUUUUUUUUUUUAAUCUAAACACUUUCCGUUGUGUUAUUUGCGUGGUCCGGUGUUUACAGAGCCGAUAAUGGACAAUUAGGCUCGUGCCCGAAAGCGCGCUCCUCUGCGCGUACUCGGGAGUUGGUUCGGUGUCCCAGGUUCGGGUUCUAGAGUGCGCGCUCACGCCGGAGAUUCCGCCACGAUGGGAUGUGGACUGCGGAAACUAGAGGAGCCUGAGGACAGCAGUCCGGGCAAAAUUUACUCCACCCUGAGGAGACCGCAAGUGGAGACCAAAACCGACACCGUGUACGAGUACGUGCUGCUGGACUUCAGCUUAGAAGGCAGUCGCCCCACCGUGCAGUACCUGUCCUCUCUGUGUGAGCUGCCUCAGGCACUGCAGCCCUACUACACUCAGGGCUACGUGCUGGUCGCCUUGCAUCCCAUCAUCCUCUCUGUUGGCCGGACACGAUCCCUGCCCUGCAGCCUGCUCUACCGGGCCAUCCUGACCAGACAACGACCAAGUAAGCAUGCCGUGGCCAUGGUUCACAGUGUGCCAGUGCUGAGGGUUGAGGAGUGGCCACUGCCUGGAGAUUCCCUGACCAGCAACACUGUGAGAGCGCUUAUAGACCGGGUUAACUGUAAUGCUCGGGGAGGCGUGCGCUUUGUGGGAUCUGUGCUCCAGCAGGCAGGAGCAGGGCGGUGUAACGGCCGAGUGGCGAGUCCCAGGCGGAGCUGUCGCUCUCCACCACACACUCCACCAGGAGACAGAGACAUGGAAGAUGGUGGAUAUAGUCCAGAUCUGAGAUUGCUGGUGCUGUUUCACUCCUGGGCUCCGGGCUGUGCUCCGCUGGACCCGCUAGCCUGCAGCUACCACCAAGGAGCACUCUCCAUGCGCGUGUCCAGGAAGGGCCAAGUCGUCAGCAGUCUGGAGGCUGAUUGGCUCGAGCUGACCGCAGCUUACUACCGCAAAGGCUGGUCAUUAGUGGACUCUUUCGUGUACUGGGAUACACCUAAAGGUGAUCCUGUGCCCAGAUCUUUAGAGGGGCUGUUUGUGUAUGAGGAGAGAAGCCCUGCAUCUCCUGCCAAUGACACCAUCGUUGUUGAGCAGUGGACUGUUAUUGAGGGCUCUAAUGUGAAGACUGAUUACGGGCCACUCCUUCACACUCUGGCUGAGUUUGGCUGGUUACUGACGUGCGUGUUGCCCACGCCUAUCAUUCGCCACGACAGUGAGGGAAAUCUUGCCACCAAACAAGUGGUGUUCCUGCAGAGGCCUGUUAAAACCUCCUCAAUCCGACAGAACAGCCAGGGGAGCUGCACUCGAAGAGAGAAGGCCAGCCACUCGAUGAAUAGAGGGACGGGAACGGCUCACCCAGAAGAGCUUUCCCCUGGUUCAGGAGGUGUUGUGGGAUUCCCUCUUUUUGGAGGAGGUUAUCCUAGCGCUCUGUCACAGCUUGAGGAUGGCGGCUUCGAGCAGGACGAAGGGGCAGCUGAGGUCACCUGUAUGUGACCGUCCCACACAAUGAACAGUCUCAACAGAGAACUGGAUCCAAGAUGCUCAGCUCUGUGCUAUAAAACUUUUUUUUUUUUUUUUUAAUCAUUAACAAUUUAGGUUAAGCUUCCUUAUUCCUGUAUGUUUUUAUCUACAUAAACAUUUAGCACUUUUGAUAUUUUUUUUUGUAAAGACACAAUUUCUUAAUGAGGUGGAUAUCAGCUCAUAUUUUCUACUUUUUACAGCUACACUUUGACCAGCUGAAUAUAGCACACAUCUAUCCCACUAUCAUGUUAUUCUCUUAAAGGCUUCCAACACACAUCUGCACUGUUUGCACAGUUCUCACUUCCUUUUAUUCGUUCCUGAUCUUCACUAAUUACACAUCAGUCAGCAUCUCUUCUCACUGAGGCUCAUCUCGGGCUCCUCUUCGGCUUGCUCUAGGAUGCAAACGAUUAUAUUUGUUUCGGACUUGCUUUUUAUGGUACUGAGGAUGCCCAGACUUUGCAGUCAAAACAGUCAGGGAAAAAACCAUCCUUUUUUGGAUUUAAAAAUUUUUUUUGUUGUUUUUUUUAGGCCAGACCAUGAAAAAGUACAUUUUUCAUACACCGUGGCCCUAAUUCAUCCCAUCUGGAAAAAAAUAAAACCAACUGAAGGCUGCUUAUCUCAGAUUGCAAUUUUGAGCUCGAGUGGUGCUAUACAAGGGCUUUUAUUAUAUAUAGAAUUAUGAUUUUGUUGUUGGCUCACAGUUCAAAAAGGUGACAUUAAGCAUGUUGUAGUUCUUACACAAGUUUAAGAAAGCAGUGUUAAUGUAAACUGUUUUAGUCAAACAACAGUGUGAGAGCUAACUACACACUCGUUCACUUUAAUAUUAUAGGUUUCAGGUGUUGUGUUGUUGGCUGAAUCAAAGCGUGUGUGUGCCAGAGUACUGACUAUGUACAGCAGCAUGAUGGCAUGGAUUCUGAAGGCUUUUAACAUUCUACGUCUUAUACUUUUAUUUGAAUCUCAUGGUGACCGUCACGAUCUUGCUUUAAAUUACUCUAUAGAGGAAAAACAUGUUGUAGAAUAUUAUAAUGCUGUAUAUAGGAUUAAUAAGCCAUGAAAUGCUGCAGUCUUUGUUUUUUUCUGUAAUAAGAUUUUUGAUCAGUAUAAUCUACCAUUGACAGUAUUUUAUGUUUUAAAUAAUGUAACUCAACAACUUGUUGGAGUGAAUAUUUUAUUAAAACAGUUAUUCCCUCAUUUCACUUCUCAUUUUAUUCACAUUUGUUCUGCAUAUCUAUUCACAAACAUGAAAAGCUACUGAAUCUAUCUGCUAGUACACUGAACGGUUCAGCUCAGAGCCAGCUCUGGGUAUGAGGUGUGUUUUCUUACUAUCAUAAUGAAAAUAUCUAACUUUAGUUCAUUAAAAAAAAUUGAUUAGAUAAAACACCUCCACCCACAAAAUAACUUAAGAAGUAAAGAAAGGGUGAAUAUCACCACACUUGUUCAUAGAGUGAUGGGGGAAAAAAAAAAGCAAA